AUGUCUCACCGCCUCUUGGAAGGCUUUAUUAAAGCUGAUUCAAAUAACAUUCCUGUCGUCGAUAUACAUAUGUUUUCUGAUUACAUAAAAAAAGAUGCUAAUUUCAUUUCUCCUGAGAUCCGUUGUGUCAAAGCAACAAGAAAUGGACGCGAGUCCUAUGGAGAUUCAGCGAUUGGCUAUGUACAAAUAAAAAGGACGGAAAAGUACUGCACUAUUUUUGCAGCAUGCUGCCCCGAACAAAGUGUUCGAAGUAAAAGUUAUAGAGUCCAAGUUGAAGUAGACUUGGAAAAUUCAGAAAUAAAAUCUGCCAUUUGUCAUGACUGUGUGGCCUCUGCAGGUGGCUGCAAACAUUCCCUGGCUGUGUUAGGCUGGCUUCAUAGAGAAAGUGAAAAGAAGAGCGUUACGGAAAUAAAGGCUUACUGGAAGAAAAGCAAACUAUCCAGAGUUGGAAGCACUAUUAAAUUUGUCGAGGCCAAGGCACUGUAUUCCAAGUCAAAGAAAUCAAAAGAUCCUGUCAACCGUCUUCGAAAAUCAAGCCCUGCUAAUAGUUUUUACCAAGAAGUUGUAAACUGGUCUAAUACUAUUACAUCACAAUCAUCAAGAUCUCAAUCGACAUUCUACUACCAUGUUAAUGCAGAACUGAACUGGUGUGACACUGUCGACAUUCAUGUCUUGUGUCUUCUGUAUAGAAGUGGCAAUCAAUCAACGAACGUGAACGACUUCUUCGUCUUUUUAAAAUCCCAUAUGACAAAGGAAAACUGCCGAGUAGCUGAACUGAAAACACAAGAUCAAUCAGAGAACAAAGACUGA